AUGAAAUGGGACAGAAUCCGCAGAAAAAGAAUGUACAAAAUCCAGAUCAUGGAGAAAGAGGAGAAAAUAUAG